AGCCGAACGUCGUUGUGUAUAUAUAUGUACACAUUUCGUCGACGCCGCUGCUGCUGUUUCUUCUGCUGCUCCGGUGCGUCGGCGUCUCGUCUACGACGAGUACGAAAAAUAAAUAAGAAAAAGAAAAUAAUAAAAGAGUCGGAAAUACAACGCGUGGGUGAAGGUUUUUUUCUCUCUUCGAGUUUUACAUUGUUGCAUACGGUGUGUCGUUAUAGAUACAUUAUUCUCCUCAGCGUUGAAGAGCGAGAAAAAGAUUGUGUAAGAAAAACGAGUUUUAAUCAUCAUCAGUCGGUCGGUCGGUCAUCGUCGUAGUCGUCGUCGUCUUCGUCUACACCAGAGCUCGCACAAUGCAUACAUAUGCAUAAACAGCUUCGGAGUCAAGGCAGUAUAGUGCAGUGGUUUUCGCGCCAAAGUGCGGGAAAUAUAUCGUAUAAACGAACAUUUUCCAAGGCGUUCCCUGCGGUCUUUCGCACAGACGCUUGACUCUUCUAGCGUGUGCUUAUGUGAGUAGACGCUUUUAAAAGUGAACGGUGUUUAUACGAGCGCGCGCGCGUGCCUCUACUUGGGUAAUAAUCAUCUAUCUGCUCGAGAGCAGUAAAUGGCAUCGCGUCGAAAAUAUCUAUAGAGAGGCAUUCGUUGACUUGCAUAUCAAUAACGCGCGCGCGCACACACACACGAAUACAGUAUGGAGAUAAGACUCGACUGAUGCAGAUUAUUACAUACUCCUCGAGACGACCGAAUGAUAUAUUUCAAUAAUUAAUUUAUAUCGUCGAAAACAAAGCGAAAUUAUAAUAUACAGAGUCGAAAAAAAGAAGAAGAUAGAUAGAGCGAGAUGGAUUUGUCGAGGCAGAGCUCGAAAAUGGAGCAACACGGCACGAUGUCGUCGAUGGAGAUGCUGGCCCCGGUCACGGCCAGCCGGACGAAUCAGCUGAAUCUCACCUUCAGCGAGCUCGGCUACACCGUCAGGUCGAAUUUCUUAACCAAAGAUAGGAAAGCUCUGCUGUCGCAGAUAAGCGGCGACUUUCGGCCGGGCGAGCUGAUCGCCAUCGUCGGGCCGUCGGGCGCCGGCAAGUCCACCCUCAUGGACAUACUCGCCGGUUUCACGAUCGAGAAUGUGACGGGCAGGUGCGAGGUGAACGGCCGCGAGCGCGACAUCAGGGCGUUCAGGCGCUCCUCGGCCUACAUCAUGCAGGACGACAAUCUGCAGCCGCUGCUCACGGUCGAGGAGGCGAUGCGCUGCGCCGCCGAUCUCAAGCUCGACACCACCGCCCAGGACAAGGAGCAGGCCAUAAACGUCAUACUCAAGGAGCUGGGCUUGGACCAGGCCCGUCGCACCCUGUCCAAGAGUCUGUCGGGCGGCGAGAAGAAGCGCCUGUCCAUCGGCCUCGAGCUCAUCAGCAAUCCGCCCAUCAUGUUCUUCGACGAGCCGACCUCGGGCCUGGACAGCGUGACGUCGCGUCAGUGCUUCGGCAUACUCAAGUCGCUGGCGGCGGACGGACGCACCAUCGUCUGCACCGUGCACCAGCCCUCGGACUCGCUCUUCGACAUGAUCGACCAUUUGUACGUGCUGGCCGAGGGCAGAUGCUGCUACGCCGGCUCGGCCGGCCAGCUGGUGAACUUUUUGCGCGACAGCUGCCGACUCGACUGUCCGACCUAUCACAAUCCGGCUGAUUUUCUGCUGGAGGUGAUCAACGGCGAUUACGGCGAUCACUUGCCGGGCAUGAUCGCCGCCUCGGAGAACGGCCUGUGCGAGCGAUGGCGCGUCCUGCGCGAGGACGAGCUCGCACCGACACCGGUGGCGGGCUCCAGUAAAUCUCCACCGCCACCGGCUCCGAUGAUUCCGGCACAUCCCAAGGCGCAAAAACUGGACUACGAGCUGGCGCCAAGGCUGCCGCUGCCGUCGACGCCGAUCUUCUACGAGCUGAGCGGCAGCGGCGGUAAGGCCUACUACGCAGCGGGCUUCUGGCGACAGCUCUGGAUACUGCUGAAACGCAACGCCCUGAGGCUGUCGCGCGAUCGAGUGCUGACCUUCACGCGAUUAACGAUGCACCUGUGCGUCGCACUGCUCGUCAGCGUGAUAUUCUUUCGAAUCGGCCAGGACGCGGCGCACGCCCUGGACAAUUUCGCCCUGCUGUUCUUCAGCCUGAUGUUCGUGAUGUACAGCGCGUUCAGCGCGACCCUCGUCACCUUCCCGGCCGAGCUGCCGAUCCUGACCCGCGAGCACUUCAAUCGCUGGUACAGGCUGCGCAGCUUCUAUCUGGCCCAGAAGCUCGCCGAUCUGCCGGUGCAGGUGUGCGCCGCCACCGUCUACACGCUGGUCGUGUUCCACAUGAGCGGCCAGUACCCGGAGCCGUACGCCACGCGGCUGGGCCUGUUCCUGGCCAUGUACGUGCUCGUGGGCCUGGUCUCGCAGAUGAUCGGCCUGAUCGUCGGCACCCUGCUCGACAUACAGAACGGAGUGAUAUUCGGCCCGUUCUUCAUCAUGCCCUUCCUCGUGUUCGGCGGCUUCUUCGUCUAUCUCAAGGACGCGCCGCAAUUUUUGCACUGGCUGUUUCACGUGUCCUUCAUCAAGUACGGCUUCGAGGGCGUCGUCGUGGCCGUCUACGGAUCCAACAGGCCGAAGAUGCCGUGCUCCAAGGAGUACUGUCACUUCCGUGCGCCGCAGACCCUGCUCGAGAUCGUCGACAUGAAGAACUCGAAUUAUCUGGUCUCGGUGACGUUCCUGGUCGCCCUGUACUUUCUGCUGGACUGCGUGGCCUUCGCGGCGCUGUUCUUCAAGCUGCGCGCCAGAAAGUACCGGUGAAUCGGUAGAUUCUAAUUGUGUGCCAUUCACUGCGCGCGUGUGAAUCAAGAGAAACUGUAAUACUCGAUUGCAUAAUUUUCAUUAUUAUAUAUUUUUUUAUAUAUAAUUUAUCGUAAUUAUUUAUUUAUAUACACGUUUGUACAAAUGAAGAAAAAAAGAUUGAGAGAUGUGCCAAAUAAUUGCUAAAAGUGAUAUUUAUAUUCUGUUAUGGGUGUUUUUCGUAAUAAAUUCAUACGUAUAAUUUUGACAGAAACUAGACUUUAAUAUGUGCGCGCUACGCGCGCAUGGAACUCUUAUGAGUAUGUAAUUUAAUAUAUGAAAGAUAUUAUUAACUACAGACAGAGGGCGUAUAUAGAUGACACUAAAAUAUUUCUUGUACUCACAUGAAGUUGGCUCUAAGAGGGUUCAAUUCGAUCUAUAAUCGCAAUGGCUCUUAUAUUAAUUAGAUUAUUUCGUUUCGUUACACCAAUUUUCUCGUACUUCAAUGCGAGAUCAUCAUGCCAAUAUCAAAAUUUCACGAGAUUCACCUUUUACUUAUCUUUUCUUCGAUUAUUUAGAGGCUUUCCUGGGUAAAUUGAAAAUUGCCGCGUGGUGUAGCCUACUCGUCAAGAAUAAUAGAAACGAUCAAGUUGAUUGAUUGAUAGUUUUAAUGGCGUUAAAUAAAUGUACAUAGCCACUUAUAAAGUGAGUUGUUUUAAUACAAUCAGACUUUACAUUUUAUAUCGUAUAAAAACUUACCUAUACUAAAAAUUACAUCUCUAUUCUCAGAGGCUAAUAAGCUAAUUAAAUGAUGUGGACGGCGCGAGCCCGCGAUUUUUAAAUUAUAUAACAGUGAUUUUCUUUGUUCCUUGUGUAACUCACAAUACCAAAAUAUAUG